UCUCAGGUGGAGAAACGGCGCAGGGAGAGGAUGAACCGGAGUCUGGAGCUCCUGAGGACCAUGCUGCUGCAGGAACCUCAGCAAGUAAAUGAAAUGAAAUCAAACUUGUGCAUGGAACACAGAAAACGGUGAACGAAUUCCGAUUUGUGAGAUUUGCUGUGUUCAGUUAUUUCACACAACUUUUUCUGAGUUGGGGUUUUGAAUUUGUUGCCUCGCAGAAAGAAAGGCUCUGGCUGGACUUCCAGCAGGUGUCGCUCUGUGUUUCAGUAGAUGCAUGGAUGGAUUCUGGACGGGACGCAGCACAGGGUGGAGAAAGCUGAGGUCCUGGAACAGACGGUCCUCUUUUUGCAGAAAAAAGCCAAAGAACAGAAGAGUCCAGGUCCAAGACCCUCCUUCCAAGAUGGCUUCUCCUCCUGCCUGCAGAGAGCUUCUCAGUUCCUGGGGCCCACAGGGAAGGGUCUCUGGAUCGGGCCGGCGCUGGACGCGACCUUCGCCGGUCGUUUCUCACGCUCCCACGGUGAAUCUGCAGCCGCUCCGAGCAGACCCCCCGGCACCUCCCUGACCCACACCAAGUCCAUCCUCCAGAUGCUGAGGCAGAGGUCCAAGUCCGGUCAGCCGGGGUGUGGCGUGAGCGGCGGCGCUCCUUCCCACCGACUCCCCGCAGUUCCCCAGCAGCCUCCGACACACGAGGGGCUGGAAAAGAGGGCAGAGAGACCGGAGACCAAAGAGAGCUCGUCCCAGAGUCCCCCCCUGACCCAAACUCUGUGGAGACCGUGGCCCUGAUCACCAGGCUGAACUCUCAAACACUAAUCCUUCAUCCGUAUAAGCUAGUGUCUUUUUUAUGUUCUGCUGAAUAUCUUUGUAUUUUAAUCUUUAUAUAAGCUCCUGAGUGUGAUGAUGUUAAACUGAACUUGUGCAUGUGCUGUAGUGUGUGUAGGCUCCUCUCCUGCUUAAUGCUCAGUGUGGCAGCCAGGUGAUCUGCUGGCAGGGAUGAGGGCACUCUUUCACAUGACCUUCAAGACCCUUCAACAGGUGUUUGUGUUUGGAAGAGACCCUCAUUUUCAUCUCUGUGCCAUGAUGUCUGCUGGCAUGAGUGGCAUCUGUGGCUUUGUUCAAUUUAACACACAUCCUUCACAACAAGAUAUUCCCAUGUCUUGUCUGUUUUGCACACUAAUUUAUUCUGGUUGUCUCCCUAUGGUGAGCAUUAUUCUUUUUUUUUCUUAA